ACACGGAGAAACGAGGCACAAACAAAUGAAACAAUGGCUAUUGAUAACAAAUUUGGCAAGCCAAUAUGUUCAAUCUGCUAUGAAGAUCUCAAGCCAAUCGUCGAAGACCUGCAAGUUAUAUCGAUUUGUGGCCACGUCUUCCAUGAGCUCUGCUUGCAGCAGUGGUUCGAGUACUGUUCAAGCACGAAGAAGUGCACAUGUCCUGUGUGCAAGCAAAGUUGUAAAUCGAAUGAUGUCAGUCGAAUUUACUUUCAGUCGAUUGGUGAUCAGACCGAAACGUUGGUUUCACAGAAGCCGAAAGAUUGUGAAGCAGAAGACCCAGAGGUUUUGCGCUGUGAAGUGAAGAGAUUGGAAGUCAAGGUUUCGAGGCUUAAUUCGGCUUUGGAGAGUCAAGGGCAGGAGCUUAAACAAAUCAACGAGGAGUUGUGUCUUAGCAGGGAGCAUACAAAGAAGGAAGUAGCAUUGAAGAAUGAAUUUUUGCGAGAAAAAACAUAUAUUCAACAGCAGCUUCAUCUGAAAUCCCAGGACCUUGAUAAAUUGACAUCCGAGUGCUUGAGGCUUCAAGAGAGGAAUAUGGCCUUGGCCAAAGAGCUUGCAGCCCUCAAAUUGGUAUCAGAUUUGAACCUGGAUGAAAAUGAAGUUUUAAAGUUUGCCUCUUUGGGUAAUGGAGCUAACAACAAAGAUACAAUCGAUGUUCUAAGAAAGUCUUUGGUCAUUCGUAACAGGAAUUAUAUAGAAUUGAUGGCCAAGUGUAAUCUUCUUGGAAGAGAAAAGACUCGUUCAUGUGCCAAACUUGAGAAAGCUAAAGAAAAGAUACUUAAACUAAAGACUAGGGUACAAGAACUGGAAACAGCAGGAGAAUUAAAAGAUAAUGAAGUUUUGAGGUCUUUGAAAGCCUUAAAGAAAACCAGUCAUGAAAAUGAUAUUCUGAAUGGCAAUGUUGAUUGCUCUAAAUUUUCGCAUACAACUAAUCAUAUAUCAGAAGAUUUUGUGGAACAAUGUUCUGUACCAAUGAGUGAAUUGGAUGGGACUAGAAGUGUGAAAGGUGAUUUAUCUUGCUCCACAAAAUUAGAAAACUUCAAUUCCUUUGAAAGCCUGAAUGCAAAUCACGCUGAAGAAGUUGUAGGUAUAAUGGCUCAUAAAAAAGCAAAAAAUGCUUCAUUAAUUGAGGAAACAUCAAGAUCUUCUACAGUUGUGCUUGAACUUUCAAGUCCUCAUUUAAAACAUCAAGCCAAUGUAGAUGUCAUCCAUAACCCUACUCUGUCAAGAUUAAAUGCAAGUCAUGUUAACAACAAAGAAGUUGCUGGGCAUGGCCCUCAUAAUCUGCUCGGGAAUCUGGGUUCAAGAUCUGGUAUCAAUAAUGAUAAUGGCACUGCUCCUGCUGCUGCUACGGAGGAAGUAACUUUGAUUGUUGAUGAUGAUGAUGACUUUGAACAAGUUCAACCUGUCCUCAACAUCAGAAAAGAGUCUCCAAUGCCAGUUCCUCUUUCCAAACCAGGUGAUGUAUGUUUUUCUAGUGGGUUGCUUGGUCCUGAUGGAACAAACCGGUAUUUGGGUAAAUGGUGCAAGCGUGGCCAAAACAAAGUGCCCAUGCAAGGUUCAAUAAAAAACAGUGGUGAUUUGAUUGCUGUUGGAGCUGACGGGAGAGGUGGCAGAAUUAAAGUUCUGAGAUCUGCAAAUCAAUCUUCACAGCAUGGUAAAGAGAAUUUGUUAUCUGCAAAGAGGUUAAAAUUUGGAGCAAAGACAAGUAAUGUGCAGUCCCCAGGUUGCUUGCAAAUAGAACACUUCUUUGAAAGGGUCAGCCAGUAAUUAACUGCACACAUCACUAUGUUGACAACUUCUUAAUUAGGACUAUAUUUGUGGCCACAAAGAAAAGCCUGAAGUUCUUUUGUAACCAUCAAUAUGCCGAAAGAAAAAUAUAGAGCAAGAGGCAAUUUAUGUUGAUGUCUCUUUAAGUCAAUCCACCUUUCUGAUAACAGUUUGGGGUUUAAACUUUAGACUGAAACUAUUCCAUGUUAUUGAGUUAUUUGCCUUUUGGAUGGGAAUAAGCGGCUAUGUUCUUCAUUCCUCAAAUUAGGAGCAUUGAAGUUCAAUUUGUGCAGUCAUAACUUGCAUGGAUUUGGAGAAACAUCAGUGGAUGGGAUUGGGUUAGU